AUGGCAUCUUUCGAAAUUAGUAUUUUAGGUGCUUCUGGUGGACCUCUUGAUGGAGGUAAUCAAGGAAUUUUACUGUCAGAGCCAGUUGGUGACCUGAACAAGAAGUACAUAUGUGUUGACGCAGGUUCUGGGCUGCGACAAAUCGCAAGUAUGAUGGCCCAGUGUCAUCUGAAUCCCGACAGCGUAAAGUCAAAUUGCUGGAACGAUCUGAUUGAAAGUUUGUAUGAGAAUCACGAAGAGCCUCUGCGCAGUUUUGUUGACCAGAAAUGUCUUAUUAUUCGUGGAUUAGGAAGUGGCAAUGGGCUUGCUACAGAUGAAACAAUCAUGAACGGUGCAUUGAGAGUCUUUAGCAAUAUUGAAGAGUACUACAUUACACAUCCACACUUAGAUCAUGUGGCUGCUCUAGCGAUUAAUUCGCCGGCAUGCAGUGACAGUGAAAAGACGAUCUGGGGACUUCGACCAACAGUAGAAGCGUUACACAAACAUAUUUUCAACGACGUGGUUUGGCCCAAUCUCUUUGCCCAAACAAAGAUGAAACUACGAAUGCAUUCACUCGAGGAAUAUCAAUCGCGCCCCGUGAAAUGUUUACCUCAUUGGUUUGUCACGCCGCUGCGAGUUAGUCAUGGCCUCACUGUAGAAAGCCGAUUACCAUGCACAAGUACAGUUUUUCUGAUACAAAACACAUCCACAGAGAAAGCUGUGGUGAUUUGUGGCGACUUAGAGUCUGAUGUUAUGUCUAAGAAGAGGCAUCUCGCAAAUGUGUGGAAGCACUUGCGCAAAACCGUGCCACUGGAAAACUUGAUGGGAAUAACCAUUGAAUGCUCAUGCUCAAAUGCUACAAAAGAUGAGCAUCUCUACGGCCAUAUGUCACCCAAUUAUCUUGUUCACGAGUUAAAAGAACUGAGCAGAGCUUAUGGCAGACCGCUAGACGGAUUGCAGGUUAUAAUUUUGCAUGUAAAGAUGUCACCAGGCGGCAGGGACCCGCGUCUGGUGAUUCUACAAGAAGUUAGACAGCUUGCAGCUGCGCAGGGUCUGGGAAAUGUGAAUUUCUCGAUUGCGUUGCAAGGAUAUACGUUUGUACUCUAG